AUAUUCCUUUCAAGACAACCGAUCGGUUCGUUGAGAAUAGAAGUAGUAGUGAUUAUUGUGAGAAUGUAUUUUGGAAAGUUGGUUGCUCUUGCUGUUUAAUAUUUUUCGUGUUUAUAUAACUGUUAUAGCAAUGUUAACAAUGUAAAUCAUCUAUCGAAUUUGUAUGAUCCCACAGAAAGGUACUACAGUUUUAGAUCUUAAGAAAGCAAUACGGCGUUCUUUUACACUAAAGCAGCAGCGACAAAGAAUUAAAACGAAAAUUAGUUGGAGAUACGUAUGGAAAACAUUUUACCUUCAAAAUAUCCAGAAUGGACAGGUGAUGAAAAAUGAUAAAAAGGAAGUAUCUGCAUAUGGAAUAGUAAAUAAAUCCCAAAUAAGAUUUGUUAAACGAUUACGAAAGGAAGCUUCAAAAAGUGAGUCAUGCUGACUCAAUAUGCCAAGAAAAAUUGUAAAUUUAAAAUGGAGUCCACUUCUAGCCUUAGUUAUUAUCCCUUUAGCAGCUCUCGAAAGUGACAGAUAUCCCUGGCUGGACCAAAUUGCCAGACAGGAGCAAGUAUUAGAAGGCUGUGAUAAUAUGGGUUUAAGGUUUAAAAUUAAAAAUACAUUUAAUGUAAAUAAGCUAGAUCAUAUUUUAGUUGAUCAUAAUCAUAAACUACUUUAUUGCUACGUUCCAAAGGUUGCCUGUACGAACUGGAAAAGGGUGAUGAUGGUUCUAACUGGGGAAUCAAAUACCACAAAUCCAAUACAAAUUUCAGCAAGUGCUGCACAUUUGGAUAAUUCAACGUUAAAACUAUCUCAGCUAAAUUUGAUGGAAGUAAAAGAAUGUCUUAGAGACUAUACGUUAUUUUUGGUUGCUAGACAUCCUUUUGAAAGAUUGUUGUCAGCUUACCAGAAUAAAUUUUUGGACAAUUCGCCGAACAACAAAUAUUUCAAACUUCGUUAUGGAAAACACAUCAUCGGAAAAUAUCGUCAACAUCCUUCAAAAGAGGACUUACAAACAGGCGCCAACGUGACAUUCCGGGAAUUCAUCCAAUACCUUAUCAAAGAAGGAGUCCGAACAAACGAACAUUGGGCCCCUAUAUAUGACCUAUGCCUGCCAUGUACACUUAAUUAUACAUUUAUAAGCCACUAUGAGACUAUUAAUGAUGACUCCUCGACCAUCUUGAGAAUGGUUAAGGCGCCGAAUUUGUUAUUUCCUGUGACCAGAUCAAAAAGAACCAAGGAUAAUUUGAGGUUUUAUUUUCAACAGUUGUCAAUCUACGAGAUAGAAUUUCUCUAUAAAUUAUACGAGGCUGAUUUUAAAUUGUUUGGGUAUGGUCUUGAAGAUAUAUUAGGUUAUGACCUAGCUUAAUUUUAUGAAUUUGGUUUUGAAACGGAUAGCGCUAAUCGAAAAGGAACCAAGCGACAUUUGACAAAAAAUGAGUUAAUAGCACCAAACGACAGCCAGAUAUUCACUUUAUAUGUGUAAAAAAAUCCGUACGUCUACGGAGCUUCUAGCGACAGCUGUAGAAAAAAGGUCCAAGCGACAAUCGAAAAAACAGGCAGUUUUAUUUAAUAUAAAAAGACCCAAGCAGUGGUUUCUUUUAUAUUUUUGCAAUAAAUGCAACCAAACGACCUGUAAGGCAGUUGAUUCCUUUUAUAAUAUUGCAAAUAUUGUAACCAAACAACAUGCAAGGCGGUUGGUCUCUUUUAUAUUAUUGAAAAUAUUUCAACCAAACGACAUGCAAGGCGGUUGGUUCUUUUUAUAUUAUUGCAGUAUUUGUUACCAAACGACAUGCAAGGCGGUUGGUUCCUUUUAUAUUAUUGUGGACAUUAAGUCUUUAUUCCAGUUUCUUCCAAAAGCUGCUCUUCAAUUCUACAAAAUUAAAAACAUAGAUGAUUUUGAGGAUGAUAUUGAAGGAUUUGGUUCCUUGCCUAACUUUGAUUUGAACGCAGAAGAAAUUUAAUGAAAGACAUAUUUUAGCAAAUGUUACGUUCCUACACUUGAAUAUUAGUUUUAAAAUAUUUAUUGCUUGUUUAGAAUUUUUGAUUUUAUGAGUUUUUUAAGAUUUUUUUUAUUACUCAUCUUAAGAAUAAGAAAAUUAACGCAGAUAUUUUUUGUGAAAGAGAGAUUAAGAAAAGUUACGUUCCUACACUUGAGUAUGAUUAGUUUUAGAGAGUUUUUUUGUUUGUUAAAAAUUUUUGAUUUUAUGAGUUUUAAGAUUUUCUAUUAUUUCUUAAAUUAAUUAAGAAUAAGAAAAUAACCAAGGAUAUAUCUUUUUAAAGAUAGGUAAAAUCGUACCUAUACUAUGAGUUUUAGUUUUAUAAGUUUAAUGUUUGGCUGAAAUUUUCGAGUUUUUUAUUACCUUAAAAGUAAAUAAAUAUAAAUUUUUAUCACAAGUAUCGUAUUUCUUAUUUCUAUUCUUCUAUAGGUAGUUUAAAGGUUUAAAAAAUUUACAUUUUUUUAAUAACAAGUAUUUUCUUUUUUCUAAUAUUAUUAUAGUAAAGUAAAAUGUCUAGAAAGAACCAUUCUAGAUUUUCUUAAUCUCUAAACAGAACCAUAUGACUCUCAUGGUUCCAUUUAUACCAGUAAAUAGUUUUUCUGAAAUAAUUGAAAAAGAACUAACCACCAAAACACUGUCAAAAAACAAAAAAGUUAACUUAUGAAAAAAAAAAAAGAAUGUGUGUGUACUUUGUACGCACGUAAGAAGAUAUUCUUCUAUUAUAUAGGAUUUUUCAACGAAGUAAAUAUACUUACACAUCAGCUUAUUUGUAUUUUAUUUAAAAAUUAAAGUAACUUUCUUAUCUACCACUUUCAAAAAUUUUUUAUUAAAACAACCAAAAAUAAAAAAAAAUAUGAAUCGCCCAGGAUUCGAACCCGCGUCAUUUCAAUCUCGGAGCUAACGCCCUAGCAUCUACACAACACAGCGGAUAUAAUUACACAACACGGCGAUAAAUAGUGUAAACAUGUUAUGUCUAUAUAAUAUUUUAUUAUUUUACUACAGAGAAACACAAAUCCAAAAACACAAGAAUUAUAAUAAAUAAUACAUUUACUAAAAACACUAAUAUAUUCUUUUAAUGACUUAUUUGCACGGAUACAGAUACAUAAAUACCUAUCUUGAAAGAUUAGCAAGGAACUACAUACUGUCUGUGUGCGCAAGCGCGCAGAUUUAUGUACAAUUUUACCCUCGAUCGAAUCGCGCCUAAAGAAGAAUAUCUUCAAAAAUUUAAUAGUGGCUAAUAUUAGCUUUCGAACGCGAUAUCAUACCUUAAAAAGUCUCUAAUAUCUUGAAAAUUACAAGGAAAAACAUUUUUUAUCUUUGUAACCUUAAUUACUCAAAAUCAACUUUUCUCGGUUGGUUCCCUUUCGUUUAGCGCUAUCCAAACUAUGUUAAGAAAUUUCUUAAUUUUUAUUGUUGUUCAGUGCAUUUCUGCUAGAACCUUUUAGCAUUAUAAAUAUUUAAGUAACAGUAAUUAUUUUUAAAAUGCAAAAUAAUGAAAUAAUUAGAAAUUGAAUACGCGUUGUUUCUUAGGUAUUUAUGUACAUGCAAUUAAUGAAAUACUAUUUUCUAAUUUUUGUACUGCGUUUAGGGAUCCUUAAAAAUUAUAUAAAUGUAAAAUUGAUUUGGAACUGCAUGACGAAAAAUGAAAAUAUUGUUUUAUUUUAAAAGUUCUAUGGAAAACAUCGUAAUCAUGCCAAUACUAGAAUUUUUACCAGUGCGUUACACGGCGUAAGUGUUUUAAAUGAUUUCGAUCUUUUGUUUUAUCAAUAGUCUUACCAUAAUUAAAUUCCGUAAUAAAAUUUUUCAUAAGUUAUAAAUUCCUUUAAGAAAAAAAAUGUAAUGUAAACAAAUUGGGUACUACCUUCAGGGAAACAUUGUAUGAUAAUAACAUACAAAAGUACCACAUACAAUAUAUUUCUUUUUAGUACUUUUGGAAAAAUCAAGUGAAACCGUAAAUAUAUUUCGAGUAAAAAAGUAUCGAGAGUUCAGAACUCCACAUUUUUUUGGAGUAUUGAACUUCAAAUUGAAUUUUUUUUGAGUCUUGGAGUAUUUUUAAAAAAAUCAAGUAAAACCGUAAAGGUAUUAAGUAUCGAGUUUAGAACUCCAAAACUUUGUUGGAGUAGUGAAUCCAAGAUUUUUCCAAAAGAAUAGAAAUGAUUUGGAUGCUAAUAGGUCUGUAUCCCGCGUAUGAAAAAAAAGUUGAUUAAUAGCAAGCUGAAAAUUUGUUAAUAGCUUAAGGGUGUCUAGUGGGAAAAACUUUGAUAUAUGGGAACACUGGAACAGUGGCAGUUUUAAUUGUGAAACAGGUUAAAAAUUUGGAACGGUCAGACCACGAAAACGGCACAUUUAUUUUGUCCGACAGAACAGACUUAAACUCUCCGAACAGAGAUUAAACUCUCAUGCAAAAAUCAAACUGCUAUUUAUCACCUGUCAUAAUUCCUGUCAUUUGACAUAUUCUACAUGUUCCACUCAUUAAAACGCCCAUUUGGUGAUAAAUAGCAGUCUGAUUUUUGCAUGAGAAUUUAAUCUCUGUUCGGAGAGUUUAAGUCUGUUCUGUCGUACAAAAUACAUGUGCCGUUUUGGAGAGUUUAAGUCUGUUCUGUCGGACAAAAUACAUGUGCCGUUUUCGUGGUGUGACCGUUUCAAAUUUUUAACCUGUUCCACAAUUAAAACUUCCCCUGUUCCAGUGUUCCCAUAUAUCAGUUUGUCCGACUAGACACCCUUAAGCUAUUAACAAAUUUUCAGCUUGCUAUUAAUCAACUUUUUUUUUCAUAAGCGGGAUCCAGACCUAUAACCUGUGUUGAUGUUCGGUUUUUCCAAAUUUUAUAUUUUGAUAACGUCUCGUCAAGUAAAAUAUUUGCUCGGUACCUAAAUCAAAUUCAGAAAAUAUGGAAAAACCGAACGUCAACAACAGUGCGCAUCCAAAUCUCAAAUAAAAAGUGAAUCUGAUCGUGCUGUAUGUGGUAUUUUUUAAAAGGUAGUUGAACGACCUAUAAAAUGAGGUAUCACUCAACCCCUCUUUCCAUUAAAGAUUUUAGAGGUUGUGUCUUCCCCGUUAGAGGGUUGAUGUAGUUUAGUUGAAAACUGCCAUACAAAAUGUCCCCCUCACAAAUAAAUUUGACGUGUUUUUUCAUAAUUUUAGAUUUUCUAUAGGGACCAAAUUAUAGAGGGUGGUACCUUUUCAAAUUGGCACUGUAUAUAAAAUCGUAUUUGAAAAUAAGUGAAAUUUUACACAUUUUGAAUUACAAAAAACAAAACCUGUUUAAAUAAACUAUUUAGUGCAAAAAUAUUUAAUAAUUUAAAAUAUUUAAUGCAAAAUACGAAAGCCAAAUUUAUCAAAUGAAAACAAAAUAGGUCUAUAAGAGAUCAUUUUCCUAAUUUAAUAAUAUUUGUGCUUGCAAUUGCUGGCUCAAAGUCGCAAAUCUGAAGUGAUGUGGCUGAGUUUUAAAACACAAAUCAUGCUCACGAGGGCAGUCUGUUUUUGUACUUAUUUUUGAGGUGCACAAGAGUUCAUCCAGCUUCACAAAAGUAAGAUAUUAAAAAAGUAAUAAAAACUGUAUUAGAUAAAAGGUAAAGUUUUCAAUCCUAAUAGCGACAUUAAUAAUAUUGAAAAAUAUUACUAAAAGAUUUUUAAAUUGAAAACUUAUUUGUCCAUUUCCCUGGUCUUUCCCUGUCUUCACUGCAGCAUCCAUCUGUCUUGCAUAUUGUAGAAGCCUUGGAGGUGUCACCAGGGAAAUGUACCAAUAAGUUUUCAAUUUAAAAAUCUUUUAGUAAUAUUUUUAAUAUUUUUCAAUAUUAUUAAUGUCGCUAUUAGGAUUGAAAACUUUACCUUUUAAUUGCCAGAUGACGCUAGUCACCUAAUCCAUUCACGUCAGUUGCGGUGUGGGAGAUAAACUCCCGCUGUUGGUCACUUAGGGUAAGAACAGAACAAGUGGGUCGAAGUGUAGGUCGCGGUAGAUGCCACUAGUUAGGUCGCGGUCGAUGUCGACAGCACAUAGCAAGGAGGUCACCUGCGCUGUCAGUCGAGCUAGAAUCACUAUCAAGUGAAGUAGUUUAUUGAAAUUUGAAGAAAUUCAAAAAUAAACUGAACACAAAAAAGGGAUAAUAUAAAAAGUAUCAACUCAGAUAGCGUAGGUAAUGACAACUUGGCUUCGAACGGACCAAUUACAGGGAAGCAUCCUUGUAGGCCGCGCAGUAGACAUCCAUGUAAAACAAACUCAUUUUAUUUUCAAAAGCAUCGAUGUAAACCUCCUGGAUGACAUCGCGCUAAACCUCCACCGCGACUUACCUGCUCUGUUCUCUUUCAUUCAGUACAAUGUGUUUGUUUUACAUGGAUGUCGACAUCGACCGCGACCUCCACCUCCACCGCGACUUACUUGUUCUGUUCUUACCCUUAGUUAGAGUAUGGAGCAGCAGGCCUACUUCUCUCCGAUGAGACUCCAAUAAGAGUCGAAAAUCGUCGAUUCAGAGUGCUGGACUGCGCUCCGUAUUCUAAGUGAAAAAUGAGAUUGUUUUGCCGUCGCAUUGCAACUGAAUAAAAAUGGUAUACAUUUUUAUUUUUAAAAACUGUAUUACUUUAUCGGCAUUCCCACAGCAGUCUCGAACUCGUGAUAUUCAAAAGUCAUAAAAAUAAUUUACUGAACAAUGUUUUACUAAGAAGAAACUCAUUUUCUGCUAAAAAGGUUUCAAGAGAUAGAAAUAGUGAAAACCGAAGUUUUCUGUCUUAGUUGCCUUUCUUAGUUUUUGUUUAAAACGAUCACGAAACUCAAACUGUUUGUUGGUUCAAAAAACUGGUUUCCAACUAUAUCAUAAUAACAAAACACAAGGAUUGCAGUUCUGGAGAAUAUGUGAUUAAAAGUAUUAGGGGUCAGCGUACUAUUGACCAGUACUAUGCUGCGUAUCUUAACACAUUCGCGGUCAUGACUGCAUAUGAAGUCAUUUACUCCAUAAGAAUACGUGUAUAAAAUGACAGCGUGUCCGCGAAUGUGUUAAAAGUACACUUACCACAUAUGAAGAAUCACUGUUAAUGGAUACUUAAAAUUGAUGUGGAAUUUUACCAAUUUGUACAUCAGUAUCAGAUUCUCUGGAUCUACUCUUAUUUAUGUUUUUUUUAUAUUUAAUUUUGAUUGUAUUUAAAUGGUAAGAAAUCUGCCAAUUUGUGUAUCAUGACAUUGCUCUUUAGAGCAUGUAGUUUAUAUCUAGUAUAUUUUCUGAUUGUAAAUAAAAGUUUUGUAAUAAAGUUUUUUUAUAAUAA